CACCAGAAGAGGUCAAAGGUUACCAAUGCUCAGUCUCUACAGCAGCAUCAAACAGAGCUGAUCAAUAGGGCUGAGGAGAACCCACACGCUUUCCUAGACAAGGAGCUGAAGAAGCUCUGGAGGGUCGUCUUCUCAGAUAACCAACAAUGCUCAGAGGGUCAGAGACUGGAGGAGGAGGUGGAUGGUAAGAAGGAGGAGCAGAGGAGGCGGGCCAUAGAGGGAGUGGUGGACAUCACAAAGCUCUGCCUGAUGGAGAUGAACCAGGAGGAACUGGCCGACACACUGUGGGGCGGAUCUGAUGCUGUCGAUUGUCAACAUAAAAUCAAAUCUCAUUUGAAGAAGAAGUUCAGGUGUGUGUUUGAGGGAAUCGCUGAAGCAGGACAGCAAACAUAUCUGAACGACUUCUACACAGAGAUCUUCAUCACAGAGAGAGGCAGUGGAGAGGUCAACAAGGAACAUGAGGUCAGAUUGAUUGAAACAGCUUCCAGGAAACCAGCCAAGGAAGAAACACCAAUCAGAUGUGAAGACAUCUUUAAACCCUUACCUGGACACGAUCAACCAAUAACAACAAUGAUGACAACUGGAGUGGCCGGCAUUGGUAAAACCGUCUUAACACACAAGUUCACUCUGGACUGGGCUGAAGGCAAAACCAACCAGGACAUACACUUCACAUUUCUCCUCACUUUCAGAGAGCUCAAUUUACUGAAAGGGAAAGAGUUUAGCUUGGUGGAACUUCUUCAUCACUUCUUUAUAGACACCAAAGAAGCAGGAAUCUGCAGAUUCGACCAGUUCCAAGUUGUCUUCAUCUUGGAUGGUCUGGAUGAGUGUCGACAUCCUCUGGACUUCCAGAGAAACCCGAUCUGGACUGAUGUCACAAAGUCCACCUCGGUGGACGUGCUGCUGACCAACCUUAUCAGGGGCAACCUGCUUCCUUCUGCUCGCAUUGGAUAACCACACGCCCUGCGGCAGCCAAUCAGAUCCCUACUGAGUGUGUUGACAUGGUGACAGAGGUGAGGGGGUUCACCGACCAACAGAAGGAGGAGUACUUCAGGAAGAGAUUCAGAGAGGAGACGCUGGCCAGCAGAAUCAUCUCCCACGUCAAGAAAUCACGAAGUCUCCACAUCAUGUGUCACAUCCCAGUCUUCUGUUGGAUCACUGCUUCAGUUCUCGAGGACAUCUUCGAGAAAUCCCAGAUCGAAGAGAUCCCAAGACCGUGACUCAGAUGUACAGCCACUUCCUGAGGGUUCAGUCCAUACAGGGGGACAGGAAAUACCAUGGGAGGGCUGAAACAGAUCCAGACUGGAGUUCAAAGAGCAGGUCGAUCAUUGAUUCUCUUGGAAAACUUGCUUUUAACCAGCUGGAGAGUGGCAACCUGAUCUUCUACGAGGCAGAUAUGGCAGAGUGUGACAUCGAUAUCAAAGAAGCCUCAGUGUACUCAGGAGUGUUCACCAAGAUCUUUAAA